GAAACUGGAGGUACAGACGACUGGAUAUAUAACAGUAGGUAACUGAAUCACAGGAUGUAUAAAACUAGAUGUAUAAAACUGGAUGUAUAAAACACUGAAUAUAUAAACUGUUUGAUAUAAAAAAAACUGAAUAUAUAAACUGUUUGAUAUAAAAACACUGAAUAUAUAAACUGUUUAAUAUAAAAACAGUGGAUUAUAUAAAACCUGGAAUAUAUAAAACUAUCUAUAAAACAUUCGUUAUAUAAACUGUUUUAUGUAAAUCUGGAUGUCAAAACCGUAUCUCUAUACAAUGCUGAGUUGAAUGGGUAUUUGGCAACAUGGUGGUUAAUUCCACGAAUCUCUAUCUAGUGCCUCGUCUAUAGGAGGACAGUCACUCCCAAGAAGACACUACCAGACAACACAUCCUCCCAGCACGCUGAAAGAGGACUGCCACUCUCAGACUAGUUUACUAACUCAAAACUGGCAAAAUUGAAUUUAAAACACAUAGACUGCUGCUUAUACAACGCGUUUGCGGUAUGAUGUUCAUUUAACGAUUUUAAGUGAACGUUCACAUUUAUUAAUUUCUGUUGGAAUAGUAAAUUUAUUAGAGAACAGACUCAGUAACAGUUAUGGCUACAGUACUGGACACUACGUUUCUAUACAUUAAUUUAUCGUUUUCUAUAUUUUGUCAAGUUACCUGUGUUGGAAACUUUAGUGUAAUGAAGAAACCUCUCUGUUGGAUCAAUGGAACAGUAGCUGUGUGUUCUGGUCACGGAAACCUGUCCUACAUACCUGCUGUACCCAGUAAUAUUACACGUCUAAGCUUUAACUUCAAUAAUCUACCGCAAGUUUCCACAUACACGUUUACGAAUGUAACACAUCUCAAGUUGAAAGAAUUACACAUCGUAGGAGAUCACAUCAAAAUGAUCACCGCCACAGCGUUUCAAGUGUUACAACAUCUGGAAUAUCUGGACAUAAGUCACAACAAUAUUAGCCCGAAAUUUAUUGCACGGGCAUUCAUUGGUUUGGGGAAAACGCCCAUUCAGCGUCUGGAUAUGGUGGCGAUGAAUAUAAGUUUUAUUCCACCACAUUUCUUUGACAGUUUGAAGUUGUCAAAAAUAACCACUGUCCAUCUACAUCAGAAUCAAAUGAGCUAUUUUAAUUGUAGUGAUUUUCUGGAACUUAAAUUUUUAAAACAUUUAGGAUUGGCACAGAACUUGAUCAGCAAACUAUUGUUUACAUCAUCUUGUACUUUACCAGAACUAGAUAUGUCAUAUAACUGCGUAAAAUAUGUUUGUAUGGACGGAGUACUCUCCGAUUCACUAAUAGUACUGGAUGUAAAAUACAAUGGAAUAUAUCGUGUGGAUUCUUCAACAUUUAAAUGCUUUCCGAAACUUCAAGUAUUAUAUUUGGAUGGAAAUUACAUUUCUAGAUUACAUAAAAAUAGUUUUGCUAGUUUAUCUAACCUUAGCAUGCUAUCCAUGAAUGCGAAUAUAAAUCUGAAAGCAAUCGAAGUAGGUGCUUUUAAUAACAGUAAUCUUAGAAAACUUUUACUAGAGAAUUCUGGUGAACAUUUCAAACAUUAUAACUGGGAUAUGUUCAAAGGAUGUCAUCUUGUCUCUCUUGAUAUUUCAAAGAACAAUUUAAAUGGAAUUCCGCCAGAUAUACUAAAGAGACUCUUUCAACCGUUGGUACACAGUCUAAGAUUUUUGGUUAUUUCUGAUGCAUCAUUAACAACAAUACCCAGCUUUGUUUCAACCCUGACUAAAUUAAAUCAUUUAAUAUUAAAUAAUAAUAUUAUAUCUGGAUGGUCCACGGAUUCAUUGUCGACGUUUACAAAUCUUGAACAUUUAGACCUCAGUCAAAACAGUAUUUCUGUAGUUGUAGAAGGUUCUCUACCUGAUAAUAUUUUAAGUUCGCUAGAGGCUGUUGAUUUAUCAGAAAAUCCAUUGGACUGCUCCUGUGCAAACGUUUGGUUUAUAAAAGUCUUUCAAGCUCACCUUAAAAUAUUUGACCAUUCUAGAAAACCAUGUCGAUGUUCCAGCCCUGCGUCUAAGCACAAUGUUGUUUUCAAGGAUGUCCACAUGUCUGAAAACUCGUGUUUACUAAACUUCACUUCACAAAUGAUCGUCGUUGCAAGCUCGAGCAUUCUUCUGACUAUCUUGAUUGUUGUCAUUAUUUCAUACCGAUACAGGUGGCACCUUCGCUACUUGCUAUAUAUGUUUAAUAAUCGGAGACGGGAAGAGGAUCCGCAAGUAAAUGAGGAUCAGUUUUUGUACGAUAUAUUUGUUGUGUAUUCAUCGGAGGAUUCUGACUGGGUACUUGACAGACUUGUUCCCAAGCUGGAAGAGGACCUCGGCUUCAGGGUGUGUGUCCACGAACGAAACUUUGUGCCUGGAAAACUGAUCGUAGACAACAUCAUGGCGAGUAUCGACAGCAGUAAAAGGAUUAUGGUUGUCCUGUCGAACAGCUUCUCACAGCGGGACUGGUGUCAGUUUGAACUAAACGUCGUCCAGAGACACGUGCUGGAGAAAGGUCAAGAUUUGCUGGUCGUGGUGGUUCUGGAACAACUUAACAACCGUCACUUGACCCCCACGAUGUUCACCAUGCUCCAGACGACAACGUAUAUCACGUGGCCUGAUGACGUGGAUUCUGAACAGGGAUUCUGGGACAAUUUAACUCUAGCUCUUCGGGGAGGGUGAUCUAAAAACAUGUACAUUGUAUAACGAAGCAACAACAACUGAAUGGCAGUUUGAACGAAAAAACAUUUCUCUUAAGUGGAAUUCAUUCUGUAAGUCUGAGCAAGUGUCUAGUUUAUCAGCUACAUUAAUUAUAAAUUGAAUGAACAGACUUGCUGUGUUUCAGGUUUGUGUGCGUCAUUUAACACAUGUAAUCUAAGGUAUGACAAUGGCUAUGUUUAUAACUGUUAUUGGACACUCGAGUUCCUCUGGACGUAGGAUUUCUUUUGGAUAUAUAUUUUUGCUCCUGGUGACCUUUAUCGUGCCUAUGUAAUUCCGUUUGAUGUUCGACCAACUUUCAAUACUAUUACUAUAUGGGGAUUGGUCUCUGGUUCAAAUGAUUAAACUACAGUAGAGACUCAACUACGUUCUUGAUCAUUCAUAAUAGGUAUAGUGGACAGGGUUAGCAAUUAACACCUCAAUUAUCAUCUAAAUGACUUGGAAGACGUUUUACACAUUCAACAAUGUAAGGGUAUUACUGUUAAUGCUUUUGACUUUGACAUCUAUUGAAUGUUUGAUUAACUAUGUCUGUUAUGUUGUGUGCAGAUGAUACAAUAUUAUUGGAAAAGCAUGAAGAUGAACAUCAAAAGAUUUUAGAUGCUUAUGAUGCUUAUUGUAAAACAGAAAUUUCCAUAAACACAUUGAAGAGUAAGAUUGUUACAUUUUGUUAGCUCGGACUGAAUCCCAUUUGGGACCAACAGACAUUUAAUUAGUGAAUUGAUUAACAGAACUUGAGAAGUAGUUAAAUAUUGUAAUGCUAAUGUUGUUGGAGAUGAAUUUCAUUAUUUAUUUAUAUGUACAAAAAGAUUUACGCAAACAUCUUAAUAAAUAUUUUAUAAUCAGACCAAAUAUACACAAAUUCCAGAUAUAAGUGUAAUCGUAUCAGUGUUUGCAGAAAUGUGUGUAUUAUUAUAUCCAUUAUUAACAAACAAUUCUGUGCCUCCCAACACUCAUAUCAUAUACCGUUUAUUUCUUUUUAACUGCUCAUAUCUUUGCAUGUUUUUAUACUUUAAAUGUCCUUGACUAUAUAUUUUUCUGCUACAUGUAUUGCUAUAUAUGUUCCUAUUAUGUCACCGGAUGUUGGCCACGAGAGUAAAACGUUCUGUUCUGUUUCGUUUUGCUGUCUAGUAAUACCGAACUGUGUUCCCAGUCAUUAGGAGUACAAACCUUCAUGUUUAUACUCUUACUUGAAAACAACUUUUAAUACAUAAUAGUUAGCCAUUUAUUGUGAUGUUAGUUCUCAUACACAAAGUUUUAAUACAUAAUAGUUAGCCAUUUAUUGUGAUGUUAGUUCUCAUACACAAAGUUUUAAUACAUAAUAGUUAGCCAUUUAUUGUGAUGUUAGUUCUCAUAUUCAAACUUUUAAUACAUACUAAUUAUCCAUUUAUUGUGAUGUUAGUUCUCAUAUACACACUUUUAAUACAUAUUAAUUAUCCAUUUAUUGUGAUGUUAGUUCUCCUAUUCAAACAUAUAAUACAUUUAUUGUGAUGUUAGUUCUGCUUGUGUACACGUUUUUAAUACAUAGUAGUUAUACAUAGCAGCUAUUUAUUGUUGAUGAGCCAGUCCCUCCCGGAUUCCACAAAUCCGCUGAUGCAGAAACAAUUGCACCAAAACAGGUGCAGAAUUCGUAAUUUUACACAGUGGAUUUGUUGUUGCAGAAUUUUUGAAGUUCACUGCUUAAAAUGAAAUGAAAACAAUAAACAUGAAUCCCCGAGCUGGACAUUUGUUCCUUCUCGUCUCAUCCUCUUUAUCCUUUCUUUCCAACAAACAGAACGUAGCGGAAUUGGGCGAUGUGUUCUGACUUUUAUGUUCGUUGUAACUUUUGUAGGUUACAGAGGUCACCGAAGACUGGUUACAAUUAAAUUAAAAAGGCUCCACAAAUACGAAAUUAAAUUCUAUAAUGCAAUCCUAUUUGGUAUAUAAUAAUUACAAUGUAUAUAAUAAUUACAAUGACAUGCAUAUAAGAAUCUAGUUUUUAAAUGGUGAUACCAAUUAAGCAGAUGUUGAAUGCAGUUUCUACCUAUAUAAUUCGAUACUGACAGGAAAACGAAGAUCUUUAAAGCUAGAGUCUCUUAAAGCUUUUGUGUUCCUCUAUGGGAAUGAAAAACUGAAAUACCAUACAUUUAUGGAGGGUCUGGUGGGGCCAGAUGUCAUACCCAACAUGGAAAUGGAACACUGAAGACAUAAUUUGAAUUUAAAAUAAAUAUGAAAAGAAAACUGAACAACUUGUGUUAGUUUGUAAGAGUUAUCUUCAGAAUAUAUGUUGCAGAAUAUGCCGCUGAAUUCGCAGAAUAUAUCUAAUCUUGGCGUAGAAUUUUUAAAAGUUUGUUGUGGAAUCCAGGGAGAACUGAUGGGCGUAAUUUGCGUAAUUUGCAUUGUUCCCUUAGUUCUGUAAAUACUUGAAUUGUUUCGAUUGAUGUGUAUUUUAUGCUACAAGCUUCAAUGUGUGAACUUCUCAGUAGACGUUGAACAAACACGAGUAACUAAUAAAGAAGUUAUAAAGCGAUCAUUAAAGGUCUUGAAUAUUCAUAACCUAUAAGAAUCGUUGCUUUCAGUAGCAAUAAGGAUACAAGAGUUAUUCCCCUCAGCAAUUGUAACGGAUUGUUUCGCUUAGUACGCUAACAGAAGAAUAAUGUCAAAUUACCGGCCUCGGUGAUAUCGUGGUUAAGUCAUCGAACUAUAAGCUGAAAGGUACAUGGUUCGCAGCCCAGUACCAGCUCCAACCCAGAGCGAGUUCUUAAGGGCUCAAUGGGUAGGUGUAAGGCCACUACACCCUCUUCUCUCUCAUUAACUACUAACCACCUAACA